AUGGAUGCCAAGCAGCCAAGAACUAGCAUCUUGAUGCUACCAUGGCUGGCUUAUGGUCAUGUCUCACCCUUUUUGGAGUUGGCCAAGAAACUCUCGCUCAGAAAAUUCCAUGUAUAUUUUUGUUCCACACCCAUCAAUCUGAAACAAGUGAGAGAUUCACUUGGAAACCAAAAUGUAUAUUCCAUUGAACUUGUAGAGCUUCAUCUUCCAAUUUUCCCUCAACUUCCUCCUCACUACCACACCACCAAAGACCUUCCUCCCCAUCUCAUGGACACCCUAAAGACCGCAUUUGAUGGGGCAAAACCUGCCUUUGGAGAAAUUGUUAGGACCCUUAAACCCAAUCUAGUCAUCUAUGAUUUUCUGCAGCCAUGGGCCCCAGAGGAAGCUGAUUAUCAGAAAAUCAAAUCUGUUCUGUUCUUAACAUGUGGAGCAGCUUUUAGUGCUUUUUUAACUUUCUAUAGCUUUAAUUCAAUCAGUGAAUACCCUUUCCAAGCCUUUAAUUUUCCAGCAAUUGAACGCCAGAAAAUCCUCCAGUUCAUGCAUGGUACUGCAAAUGGUAUAAAAAACAACGAGAGGUUCUUGACCUGCAUUGCAAAAUCUUCCAAAAUGGUCUUGAUCAAAACACUGGCGGACAUUGAGGCAGAGCAUAUUGAUUUCCUAUCUGGUUUGGUAGGAAAGGAGAUGGUUCCUACUGGACCGCUUGUUCAUGAACCUGAAAACAAUGAGAAUGACAGGGUUGUCAUGGACUGGCUGAACAAGAAAGAUCCUUCUUCUGUGGUGUAUGCUUCCUUUGGAAGUGAGUAUUUUCUUUCAAAGGAAGAGAUGGAAGAAAUAGCUUGUGGACUAGAGCUUAGCAAAGUUAGUUUCAUUUGGGUAGUUCGAUUUCAUGGUGAUUCUCAGGGCAAGUUUUCCAUUUAUGAGGCCUUACCAGAAGGCUUUCUUAUGAGGGUUGGAGACAGGGGUAUGGUUUUGGACGGUUGGGCUCCACAGGCAAAAAUACUUGGACAUUCAAGCUCCGGAGGGUUCGUGAGUCAUUGUGGUUGGAGUUCAACACUUGAGGGAAUGAUCAAUGGGGUGCCAAUCAUAGCAAUGCCAAUGCAUCUUGACCAGCCUUUGAAUGCCAAGUUGGUGCUGGAGCUUGGUGUGGGUAUGGAAGUCCAAAGAGUGAAUGAGAAGAUUAAGAGAGACGAGUUGGCAAGAGUGAUUAAAGAAGUUGUCAAGCAAGAGGAAGGAAAAGAAGUAAGGAGAAAAGCUAGAGAACUGAGUCAGUGA